AUGAUUUCUAGAAAAGCUACUUAAUAAUCCCAAUAAAAUGGUGGUGAUGAGAAGGAUAAAAGAAUACUGAAUAAGUAAUCUUCUUUUUUUAAAUCCUUUACAUCUUCAAAGAAAGGAGGCAAAGAUGGUGAGGGUAGUCAAUAUUUUAUUUAGAAUAGAGUUUCAAUUUUUCAUUCGUACUUAGGAUUGUGCAUUUCAUACAACACUGUACAUGCUUGUCAAUUUUUAAAAAGCAGACGAAGAUUCUAAAAAAAGGAGCUUUUCAUUAUUAAGUAAUUCUAAGCCAAUUAUGAAUAUGGAAUCAUACACAGACCUAAGUGAACUGAGACCGUACUUAUGUGUGUAUUUAAUUUAGAGAGCUCAUAUAUUUUUUUACCGUUAUUUCCGUGAGGGAUUUACAUGAUUUUUAUGUUGACUUUUAUGCAUCCUUUGAUACGAAUAGAAAUUUCAGUUUGGAGAAGAAGGAGCUUUAAAAAAUGUUAUCUACAAUGUUGGAACUUAUUGGCCAUAGGAAAUUUAAGGUUUUUAGUGAUCGGGCUUUGAUAGAAGGGGAAGCUUUUGAUGGGAUAUUAACUUAAAAAUUGUUGGACGACAUAGGGGAAAAUUUUAUGUUGCCAAAUGAAUAAAAUAAGGUCGAUUACUUAUUGAUAUUUCCAUACAUUUUAAGUUUCUAUUUGGAAUAUACAUAUCAGGAUAUCAAGAAUAAACAAAAACGACUGGAUAUCAUCAAGGGAACUGAGAUCAUCAGAGGGAAAGAAGUAGAAAUUAAAAAUAUUACAAGUCUUAUUUCAAUUUUAAAAGAGAUGGGAAUUGAUUAUUUAAAAGAGAAAAAUACUUAUAAAAUUUCCUUUAGAGAUGUUGAAAAUAUUUUAUUAAAAUUUAAGAAUAUUUAAUAAUGGAUUACUUUUGAAGUGAUCUAGUAGAUUUUGUAAUCAUUAAGUAAGGUCAUGUAAGUGGAUGAAAAAACACAAGAAGAAACAAGGAAAUUAAAGAUUCACAAAAUUAUUGAUUUUGUAGCAUUAAAAUUAUGUAUUCAUUAGAGUUGUCUUAGAAUCAAAAAAGCAAAGAAGAAUCCUAAUUAAUCUAUGUUUCUAGAAGUAAAGUUUAUUAUUAAAAAUAGGUAUUAGUGUUAUGGAAUUGUGCUUAGUUUGCUAAAUAUGCAGAAAAAUAAUUUUUGACUUUGAAAUUUUCUAGAUUUCUUAAUGAACAAUAUUUAGAGAAAGAAUCAUUCGCCAGAUAGGAUAUGUAGAAGUGUUUGGAAAAAUUUUUCAAAAAAUCCUAUUAGUUAAUGCCUAAAAAGUAAAUAUAUGAAAUCAUUCAAUGUCAUCAUCUUUUUGCAGAUAAAAAUAUCGUCAAGAAUAAUUCUAUUGAACGAGAAGACUUUAAAAACUCACUUCAUACUAUGAUCUGUGCUGAUGGUUACAAUAAGUUAAAAUAAUAUGUCAAGAUCAUCUUUGAUGGCAUUACCAAGCAUACAAAUACAACAACAUAAUAUUAAAAUUAUGGUAAAGACUUAGAUGCUGAGAGUAAUUAAGGUGGAAUAUCAUCUUAAAGGUAGUUAGGAGAGAGAUAAAAUACAUCAUAAAUACACAUAUCAUAAUAAUAAUAAUAAUAAAAAAAGGAAAAAGCAAAAGAAGUGAGUAGUAGUGAUUCAAGUAGUAAUGAGGAAUAAGUUAUAACAGCAAAGCCUAGUCAGAAAUUUAAGACAGCAGUCAAAGCCAUUUAAUCAGGAAAUUUAAUAAUGAGAGAAAAAAAUGAAAGCAAAGAUAUAUUAAAAGCUUGUUUAAUGAUGGAUAGCUUUCUUAAGCGUUAAACUUAAAGAAUAAAGAACUAUGUUAAAGUAUCCAAAUCUGUAAACAUAUCUGUAGUGAAAUCUGAUUUAAAGCAGUUAGAUAAAUCAUUAAUGGAAAUGGAUGAACAAAAAGAUCUAUUUGAUCCAUCCGAAAUGUUGAAUAGAAAAAGAUAAGAACAGAAAAUUAAAGAAACACAUAAUAUCAAAAAAGAAAAAGAAACUAAAAUUUGGGAGAAAAGCAAUUUGCCUUCGGAAAAGAAAUCAGAAGAAGACAUAGAGGGAGUUAGUACUUAGGUUGAAUAACCUAUAGAAAAUACGAAUGAACUCAAAUUCCCAGAUUCUAAAGAAAAGAGAAAAUUAAAUCGGUUUGAAGUAGCUAAUGAAUUGCAAAUGGUUUUAGGAAAAUCAAAUAGCGAUUUUGGCCCGACAAAUUUUAAACAAGCCAUCAGAUUAUAAUCAGCUAAUCAAAUUGUGUAGCCUGUAAAAUUAUCUAAACAACAUGAUGUAACCAAUAUCAUAUUAUGUAUUAGGAACAAGAUCAUUUAGUAAUAAUAGAUGAAAGUGUUUUAGAGAAUUUAAUUAGACGUAAUUAAUAAUAAGAAAGAGUAAGGAAAUCGACUAGGGAUGACUGUCAAUGUUUAAUUUAUUGA